AUGGUUUUCAUUCCACCCACCCCUCUCUCUCAUCUGUCUAUCCUUAUCCUAAUCACUCUACUUCCUUUCUGUCUGUCAUUUUAUCUUCCUGACUCCAACCCACUUCUAUCGUUCGAUAAUCAAGUCAGAGAGGUGCACCUCUACACAGAUAAUCACAGAAGAGGAAUGUAUCUGCAAAUGACACAUGAUGGAAGAGUGUCAGGAAGUGACACUCAGUCCCUUUACAGCGUGCUGGAGCUGAAAUCAGUUCAACCAGGCCAGGUUGUCAUCAAGGGUCAGUCGACGUCUCUGUUUCUGUGUGUGGACGGCGGAGGCACUUUGAGCGGACAGAGCCAGUACACAGAGGCAGACUGCACCUUCACAGAGCUGCUUCUGGCAGACGGAUACACUCGUUUUCUUUCCGCCCACCAUGGAUUUCCUGUUUCUCUGGCACCAAAACACUCCAUGGAUCGACACGCUAUCCCCUUUACACGAUUCCUACCGCUGAGGAACACUCUGAGAUUGGAAGGCGUGUCAGAGCAACCAGCCAGCAAUCAGAAGUACUUCAAUGUGGACUCUGAUGACCCUCUUGGGAUGGGUCUAAAUGCUGUGGUCAGUCCACACUUUUCAAGCAACAAGUAAAAAAAAUGACCUAAUACAUGUGUAAUAUGUAACUUUAGUUCUAUUGACCUGCAGACUUGACUUUGUUAUUUAAUCUAGCUGCAUUAGU